CGGGGCGUGGCGCGUUUCUCUUCCCUUCCCCCACCUUCCCCGGCGGCUCGUCGCCUUUUCCUUUCCUCCUCCCGUUCACGACCACGACUACGACUGACGAUUUGGAUUGACGAAGGCGAAGACGAAGGACGGACGACGAUGGCCACUCGCCGCCCGCUGCCGCCCACCCCACUCCCACUCCCGCUCGCCCCCGCGAACCACGCUCGUUCGAACUCCCUGCGCGCGCGCGCCCGCUCCCCGCCGCCGCCCGCGCUCCGCCCCAAGGCCAAGGUGGCCCCCGCCGGCUGCGCGCUCUCCCUCGCCACCGCCACCGCCACCGCCACCGCCACCGCCACCGCCACCGCCACCGCGGGCUACUCCCCGAUGGAGCUCGUCGAGGAGGGCCUGCGGCUGCCCCCGCCGCCGGCCCCGGCCCGCACGGAGAAGGACACCGUCGCGUUCCCCGGCUCGUGCGUCCCCUUCCCCGACGCCGACACGCCACCCGCAGUCGCGCGCGAGGAGGAGGAGCGCGGCGACGGGAUGCCCCCGCGCCGCGUCCGCGCGCGCACGGUGCACGUCCCCACGCGCACGUACAACACCCGCGCGUCGGCGGCGGCCGCGAGCAGCCCGCUGCGCCCCGUCCCGACCCCGCCCGCGCGUGCCAGUGCGAAGCCGCGCAAGGCCAAGCGCGCGCCCGGCUGCACGCCACCGAAAACGUUCCCCGCCGCCCCGCCGACGCCGCUCCCCCCGCUGCCGCACGCGGACCUCCGCCUCAUGGCGCUCGUCGAGCGCGCCGUCGCGGCCCGGCUGCGCGCCCUCGACGCGUGCGCCGACGAGAACGCGAACGAAAACGCCGCGAUGCCCGGGCAGGUGACCGACCUCGACGCGCUGGACGGGCAGCUCGCCGCGCGCCUGCGGGGCACGCUGGCGCAGUACGGCUGGCGCCACUCCGCCUCGUCGCGAGCCCCCGCGCGCGGCUCGUUCGCGCUGCCCGGCCCGAGCCCCGCGCCCGCCGUCGUCAUCGGCGGCGAGGAGGGCGCGGUGGGGCGGCCGCUGACGCCGCUGCUCGCGUGGGUCGCGCGCUCGCCCAGCCCCGGCCCUGGACCCAGCCCGGUGGAGGUGUGUGCCGACCCGCUGUGCGGCGUCGUCGCGCGCCUGCUGCUCCGCCGGGCCGAGCGCGCCGGCGUCCGCGCGCCGCUGCGGGCGCGGGCUGUGCUUCCGUCCCCGCUGCGCAGGCUGGCCGCAGCCGACCACGACGACGAGAUGGAGGUGUGCUGA